UGUGUAACUUGCAUUGGAGGAAAGCAAAGGUCGCUUUAUUCCAAGUUUCCUUUCGGACAGGAAAAGAAAAUGUGUGGAGAAGCAGAAUAGUUUCUGAAAUUUAUCCUUUUCAAAUACAAAACCUCUGGAAAUGAUAAAUUUCGCUAUCGUUGCUGCUACGACGGAUUCCUCAAUCCUCCUUUGCCCGUAGCUCCGAUUUCAAUUACAGUCGGAGGCUGCUUUGCGAGCUCUGUGAUCUUCAGUCACCGUCGGCGCCGUCUAGCAUGGGACAGUCAUUGGGGAGAUUCGGAGGCAAAGAAUGGAGGGAUGAGCAAUUGAGGAAGAUAUCAAAUAAAAUAUUUGAUAAGUUUAAAAAUCAAUCACAUAGGGAUAAGCUGUCGUUUGAAGAUCUGUACAUUGCUACGCUACUUGUAUACAAUGAUAUUAAUAAGUAUAUGCCCGGACCGCAUCUUGAUCCUCCCACGAAGGAACGGGUCAAAGAACUCAUACAGGACAGCGAUAGGGACGAGGACCGAGAAAUUGACCGUGAAGAAUUUUUGGAUUUCAUACUGAGCUUGACAUCUGACACGUUCGUAUCAGUGAGCCAGAGAUUGAUCCUUACUUUGGUGGUAGCACCAACCGUCGCAGUUGUCACAAAGAAAAGUACUGAAGGCGUUCCAGGCCUUGGAAAAUUUGUGCAAAAACUUCCCGCUUCAGCAUAUGCCUUCCUAGUCACCCUUGCUGCUCUCAUGUUUCAAAACUCUCAGCAGCAGCUUCUCAAAGGAUAGGUUCUGUCUCUGUUUCCUUCGUUUCAUCUAUAUAUUCCUUUGUUAUUUGCAUAUAUACGUGAUUGUGAACUAAUAACAAUCCAACUUUGAAUUUACCAUUUGAAGCCUUGUUUAUAUUUUGUUUC